CGUAGGGAAGCGGAGACACCUCCCUACUAAUAUUGUUGUUACUCGCGAAAAUAUCUUCCUUAAUUAGUGGUGAGAUUGUGAAAUAUAAUAAUUGAUUGGAAAUCGAUCCACGUGCGUCGCGGCCGCCGGUCAUCAAUCACAUUAUCUCUCGAGGACGAGACGCCCGCGGCGUGCCCGCGCCCACUAGAGCCGUGCUCGCUAAAUGUCGCUGUGACGACGUGACGGAGUGACGGUGUGACGGUGUCGCGCGGCUGCCGGCGCCGCUCCUUAUGUGAAGGGUGCGAAAAUUAGUGAGUCGACACCUGACGCUCGGACCAGCUCGUGCUAUUCGAUCCGACGACGAGCCCGGAGUCUUCUGCUGCAGCGGCGCCAUGACCCAGUGCCACGACAUGGGAUCCGCACCGAGCGUCGCGCUGCAACGGGAAUUUCAACAAUUUUGCUGUGAAUACUGUGAUGUAGAAUAGACACUAAUGGGAAUUUUGCAAGAUUAUGUCAGAGCUGGCGGUGGUCAUGAUGACGAAGGAACAAAGCUAAACAUACACAAAUCAAAGUACCGCGGCGGGUGCGGCUGCACCGCGCGACUGCCGACCGACAAUCGGCCAGAGCUGGCGCGCGUGGCCGCAGCCGAGGCGCUGGGCGCUGCUUUGCUCGUGCUGCUCUCGUGUUUCCCAUCCUGUCUGCCCACGCCUCUCAGCUCCACGCACACUGCGCUCGCCAGCGGUUGUGUUGUCGCUAUGCUGGUUCAGGGCUUGGAUCACAUCUCGGGCGCGAUGAUGAACCCGACGGUGACGCUGGCAGCCGUGGUGUGGGGUCGGGUGUCUGCGGUGCGCGCGAUCGUGAUGUUCGCGGCACAGCUGGCGGGCGGAGCAGCGGGCGCCGCGGCUCUGGCCGCGCUGGUACCGGCGGGCGGUUCGCUGGUGGGGUGCCUGACGGUGCCGGCGCCCGGUGUUUCGACGGCUCGAGCGGUGGCGGUGGAGGCGGUGUUGGGCGCGUGCCUGGCGCUCGUCAACUGUGCCGCGUGGGAUCCGCGCAACCAACACCUGCGUGACUCAUGGCCGCUCCGGAUCGGCACCUCCGUGGCGGCCAUGUCCCUUGUUGCGGGCACGCUGACGGGCGCCAGCAUGAACCCGGCCCGCAGCCUCGCCCCCGCGGUCUUAUUGGGGCAGUUCCAUCACCACUGGGUGUACUGGGUGGGUCCGCUGGGCGGCGCGGGGCUGGCGGCGGUGCUGCACCGCGCGCUGCUGAGCCCGCGGGCCGCGCCGAGCCGCGCCGCACCGUCCUGCGCUGAAGAAGUGCCGCUCGAAGAUAAGCCAUGACGCACACCAUACUCUGUUCACAGCUCUCUAUACUGUUUGUACAUAAUUAGAACUAUACCUUGACUUAAUAAUGAUUUAAUAAAUACCUAUUAGUAGAUGUA